AUGUCUACCACUUCUACUUCUGCACCAUCUACUCCCAUUAAUAACAUCAAAAAUCUCGCAUAUAAUAUUCUAAAAACCUUCAAGGAUGGUAUUAUUAAGGCAUUUACAACACUAUCUUGUGGACAUGUGUUUCAUAGACUUUGUAUUGAAAAAAAACUUUUACUUACAAUUCCAAAUACGUGUUCAUUUUCUGGUUGUAGUGAGGAGGUUGAAAUUAUUGAAAUGGGGCAUAGAAGGGGCUCUAAAUCAAGUACAUCAUCAGUAGUUAGAAGGAUGGAAAAACAUAGUAUCCAAUCUCAAGAUUUGCCAGAAAUUAUAGAAGAAGAUAUGUCAGAUGUAGAUGAUAAUGAAGAUGGUGAAAGUAAUCGUCCAACAGACCAAAGCAUUAUUCCUUUAGAAAAAGAAUCCCGUAAAAGACCUAGUAAAGAUACCCCUGAAAAUAAAUUAUCUAGUAAGAAA